AUGUGGGGUUCUCGUGUCAUUAUACCAAGCUCGUUACGACCACAACUGCUUGGACAAUUUCACCAGUCUCACACAUGGAUCACUGGCAUGAAAAGUUUGGCGAGAAGUUUUGUGCGGUGGUCAAAGAUGGAUUCUGAGAUUGAGUUAACCGUCAAAAAUUGCAAAACCUGUGAGAUCCACCAAAAAAUGCCAGAUGCAGCACCAAUACAUUCUUGGAAAUACCCAAGUCAACCCUGGGAGCGAAUCCACAUGGAUUAUGCGGGACUGUUUUUGAACAAAAUGUUUUUGAUAGUUGUUGAUGCUUUUUCAAAAUGA